GCCAGCAUUUGGCCAAACAUGUGAUCAAUAAGUUGGUGCCGAAGCACAUGAAGAACGCGACGCCGAAGAAGGCAUUAGUGCUGUCUUUCCACGGCUGGACCGGCGGGGGAAAGAACUUCGUGUCCGACAUUUUGGCCAAAAACCUGUUCCGGAGGUAUGACGAGACCGGCAAAAGUGAUUUCGUGCGACACAUGAUUUGCACCAAAUUUAAUACCAAUGAUAAGCAUCUGAUGGCGCAAUGGAUCAGAGAUAACGUGACGAAUGCCGUCAAGACGUGCGACCGCUCUCUCAUCAUAUUCGAUGAAAUGGAUAAAUUGCUUCCCGGAGUGAUCGAUGCCAUCAAACCAUUCAUUGAUUACAAUCCUGUCGUCGAUUCUGUCGAUUACAGAAAAUCUAUUUUUAUAUUCUUAAGCAACACUGGCGGCACCGCCAUCACGAAGGCGACCUACGAAUACCACUUAUCUGGCAGAGAGCGCACAGACCUCUCAAUGAAAGACUUGGAACCACUCAUCAAUUCCGGGGCUUUCAAUGAAAACGGAGGCCUUUAUAAGAGUGAUAUCGUCGAGAAGAAUCUGAUCGACGCUUUCGUACCAUUCCUUCCGUUGGAGAAAAAGCACAUAAAACUAUGUAUUUAUGAUUACCUUAGACUUCAUUACAACAAAAGCACACCAUUUGUAGAUCCCGGAGAAGAGUUCAUUAGAAAAGUUUCCGAUGAGUUGGAGUACUUCCCGCCCGACACUAAACUGUAUUCAAAAACCGGUUGCAAACGAGUCGGUAAUAAAGUGGAUGUCCUCAUGUGAUACAGUGCUGUAUAGUAUUUAUUAUACCGCACUAUAAUUCAAUUGAAUAUUGUUUUUAUUGCAAGCUUUUUAUAUGUUGAAUUAAUUUUAAAAUUUAUUCAUAAGUCACA